CGCUCCCCUUCCUCCCCGCCCGCAGCCAGCAGCACGGCAGAAUCAUUGUGUUCAUCAUGGCGGCUGCUGUCAAUGACGUUAAGGCUUUGUACAAAAAAUUGCAUACCAAGUGGACUUCAAAGCCACCAAAUCUCAAAGAAUGCGGUGAACUUUUAUCAAAGCUCAAGGUUGGGCUUACCAGCCUUGUUUUUCUCCCGACAUCAAAUGCUCAGCCAUCGGAACAAGAGCUUUUGUUAGCAAGAGAUGUUCUAGAAAUUGGAGUACAAUACAGUAUUGCAACCAAAGAUAUUCCAGCUUUUGAACGCUACAUUGCUCAGCUUAAAUGCUAUUAUCUUGAUUAUAAAUCAAGCCUUCCGGAAUCACCAUUUAAGUACCAACUUCUUGGUCUCAAUCUCCUAUUUUUGCUGUCUCAAAAUCGAGUGGCUGAAUUUCACACUGAACUGGAGUUACUUCCCGCUGACCACAUACAGAAGAAUGUGUACAUCAGGCAUCCAGUAUCUUUGGAACAGUACUUAAUGGAAGGUUCAUAUAAUAAGAUUUUCCUGGCGAGAGACAAUGUCCCAGCAGAUACUUACAACUUUUUCAUUGAUAUUCUUCUGGACACCAUCCGUGGGGAAAUUUCUGCCUGCAUGGAGAAAGCAUAUGAAAAAGUGACACUGAAUGAAGCUGCGCGUAUGCUUCACUUAACCUCGGUGCAGGCUAUUCAAGAAUAUGGGAAUAAGAGAGGAUGGGCUCUGCGACCAGACAACAUGUACCAUUUUGGACCAACAGAACAGAAGCUUGAUGAUGGUUUGCCCUCUGCUGAACUAGCUUCUCAAGUCGUAGAAUAUGCCCGUGAGCUAGAGAUGAUUGUAUAAUGGUGUUUAAAAUUUCUGUAACUUGUAAUUAAACCUGGAACUUUUUUGCUACUGUAAACUGAAGAGAGAUUAAUGUCAUGUACAAUAUGCACUAACAUCUUGUGUAGCCACAAUUUGUAUGAAAUUGAUUAAACUGCUAUAUUUUCUUUUUUAAAUGGA